AUGGGAGACAUCGAUAGCAUGUUUUAUCAAGCGAAAGUACCACAGGAGGAUGCAAGUUUCCUUAGAUUCCUAUGGUGGGAGGAUGGAAAUCCUAGAAAACGCAUAAUUGAGUACCAAAUGGUAGUACAUUUAUUUGGUGCAACAUCAUCGCCAAGUUGUGCAAAUUAUGCUUUGAGGAAAACAGCGCAAGAUUACAAAGGACUUUACAACACAGAAGUCAUCAACACUGUUCUGAAAAACUUUUAUGUGGAUGACUGUUUGAAAUCAGUGAAAACCGUAACUGAAGCAUCUUCUCUGUUGUGUGAUUUGCAAGAUCUUCUUAUGAGAGGAGGAUUUCAUAUUACUAAAUGGAUUAGUAAUAGCCGGGAAGUUAUGACCUAUAUUCCAGUCUCAAGGAGAGCAAAGGAAGUCAAAGACUUGGAUUUGGAAAAUGAUAUCCUUCCCAUCGAUAGAGCCCUGGGGGUUCAGUGGUGUGUUGAAAUUGAUGUUUUUUGUUUCAAGAUGGACAUUAAAGAUCAACCCUUAACGAGAAGAGGUAUCUUAUCCAUGGUGAGCAGUGUGUUUGACCCACUGGGAUUUUUGGCCCCGUUCACUUUAAAAGCAAAGUGUUUACUACAAGAACUUUGUAAACUUCAGCUAGGAUGGGAUGAGAAGAUACCAGGACAUCUCGCACAACAGUGGAAUGAAUGGCUACAAGAUCUAGAGAGACUUUCUGACAUUAAAGUGUCAAGAUGUUAUAAACCUGUUGGAUUCGGAGAAAUAAAGUCCGCACAGCUACAUCACUUCGCAGAUGCCAGUGAACGUGGAUAUGGAACUGUAUCCUAUUUAAGACAGGAGAACUUUGAUGGUGCAGUUCAUUGCUCAUUCGUUAUAGGCAAGUCACGUGUCGCUUCAUUAAAACAGACGACAAUUCCUCGACUAGAAUUGACAGCGGCUACAGUAGCAGUUCGCACAGAUAAGAUGUUGAAGUCCGAGUUAGAUGUACUUAUAGAUGAAACUGUGUUUUGGACAGACAGCAUGGCAGUUAUUCGGUAUAUAAGAAAUACCUCAUCUAGAUUUCACACUUUCGUCGCAAAUAGACUUGCAGUGAUUCACGAAGGUUCCUUACCUGAUGAAUGGCGAUACAUCAAUACCAAACAAAACCCUGCUGAUCUUGCAUCAAGAGGCAUGUCCGCUAAUGACAUUCUUCAAGGAAAACAUUGGAUAACAGCACCUGAAGUCUUGUUAGCAAAAAAUGAUAGUUGGACUGAAAAACCAAUGGAACUUUCUGAUGAGAUACCUGUUGACGAUCCAGAGGUAAAAAAGUCACAGUGA